AUGCGCGGUCUCGACGAUAGCACUGAUGUAUUUAUACGCACUGGCCAAAAGGCCCAGAAACAUGUGCGGCUUGCUUGGGAGGGCUUCAUCAAUUUUGCGGCACGGGAUAACGUUCUCGAGGUUGCGUUGGGUUUGAUUAUAGCCAAUGCGUUCACUAAAGUCGUCACAUCUUUCGUCACAGACAUAAUUCUGCCGAUUGUCUCUCUACUGCCAUUCCUGAACCGAAACAUGGAUCAGAAAUUCGCCGUUCUCUCCAAGGGUCCGACUUACGACCAGCAGAAUGGGUAUAAUACCCUAUAUCAAGCGAGAGAAGAUGGUGCACUGGUUCUGGCUUAUGGACUGUUUGCCGAGACAGUUCUCAACUUCCUGGGUGUCAGUCUUACUCUAUACGCGGUCGGAAAUAUGUACAUGAUGAUCUUUCCCGACAAGAUCAUCAAGCCUACUGUCCGGUGUCCAUACUGCAGGCAGUAUAUCAGUAAACAGGCGCUUCGCUGUCGCCAUUGCUCAACAUGGCAAGACGGAAGGGAAGACGAGCCUCGGAGUGAUAAAAGCUCUCGCGAGGAACUGGCUGGUGCCGAGCCGAGUCGUGCUGGGCAAAUUUCCUAG